CCUCCUCGCCGGGAGAUAAAUUAGCGGCGGGUUCUACGUCGAGGUGGUGACACCCCCGGGGUCCCCGGCCGGCUCGCGAGUCCCCCCCCCCCGCGGCGUCGCACGGCGGCCCCCGCCUGUCACAGGCGGGAGGCCGGAGCUCUCAGAAUCAUGAUGUCAUGGAAAGGGAUUUAUUUUAUACUUACUCUGUUUGGAGGAAGCUUUUUUGGAAGUAUUUUUAUGCUGGGUCCUACCAUACCUUUGAUGUUUAUAAACCCAUCUUGGUAUCGCUGGAUCAGCAAUCGCCUUGUAGCCACCUGGCUUACACUACCUGUGGCAUUGUUGGAGACCAUAUUUGGUGUAAAAGUGGUUAUUACAGGUGAUGCAUUUGUCCCUGGAGAAAGAAGUGUAAUUAUCAUGAACCAUCGGACAAGAGUAGAUUGGAUGUUCCUGUGGAAUUGUCUCACAAGAUACAGCUACCUCAGAUUGGAGAAAAUUUGCCUCAAAGCCAGUCUCAAAAGUGUUCCUGGAUUUGGUUGGGCCAUGCAAGCUGCUGCCUAUAUCUUUAUUCAUAGGAAGUGGAAAGAUGACAAGAGUCAUUUUGAAGACAUGAUUAAUUAUUUUUGCGAUAUCCGUGAACCACUUCAACUUCUCAUAUUCCCAGAAGGAACUGAUCUCACAGAAAAUAGCAAGGCUCGAAGUAAUGAUUUUGCUGAAAAGAAUGGACUUCAAAAAUAUGAGUACGUCUUGCAUCCAAGAACUACGGGCUUUACUUUUGUGGUAGACCAUUUAAGAGAAGGUAAGAACCUUGAUGCUGUCCAUGAUAUCACUGUGGCAUACCCUUACAACAUUCCUCAAACAGAGAAGCACCUUCUGUGUGGGAACUUCCCCAAGGAAAUUCACUUUCACGUGCAUCGGUACCCAGUAGACACCCUGCCUGCAUCCAAGGAGGACCUUCAGCUCUGGUGCCACAAGCGGUGGGAGGAGAAAGAAGAGAGGCUGCGCUCCUUCUACCAAGGGGAGAGGAACUUUGAAUUCACCGGGCAGAGCGUGAUCCCGCCUUGCAAGUCUGAGUUCAGGGUCCUGGUGGUCAAGUUGCUCUCUAUACUCUAUUGGACCCUGUUCAGCCCUGCCAUGUGUCUGCUCAUAUAUUAUUAUACUUUUGUUAGGUGGUAUUUCAUAGUCUUCAUUGUGUUCUUUGUGCUGCAAGAGAGAAUAUUUGGUGGACUAGAAAUGAUCGAACUCGCAUGUUACCGUCUUUUACGCAAGCAGCCACAUUUAAAUUCGAAAAAAAAUGAGUAAGAGGGUUGUAAAAACCCUAGGGAUAUUUUAGAAGUAGUUCUAGGCCUUUGUAAAUAGAUACAUUUUUGCAUGACUAUAUCAGAUGUUUCUUACUAUCAUUAUUUGUUGAAGAUAUUUUGCACUUAAUUUUGUGAAGAAAAUAUUGCUACUUUUUUUUUUUAAUCUCUGAAUGUAAUUUUGAUGCUGCGUAUAUAGCAGGGAUCGAUUGGGCCAGAAUAAUCACCAUGUUGUUAACAGACAAGGCACACACAGUUUUCUGAAAGAUCUAGCCCUAUUUUCUGACAGACUCCCAGAGCCGGAGUCUGAACUCAUGAGCACUGGCCUACCACGCACUUAUACUUGACUGCCCAAUUCACCCCCCCCCAGGUGAGCACCUGCCCACAGGUGCCCAGGCAGGUGAUGCCCAGACUCCUUCUUUGGGCAUUGCCCUCAUCCUUAAACCCACUCUAUCUUCUUUCAUGUCAGAAACUGGAACUUAACUAAUCACCUAAAGUGAUGUCCAGUUUGCUAGGAAGUGCUUUGUUCCUCCCAGUGUGUUGUACUGACCACGCUGUCAGAAGACCACCUGUGCCCUUUCCCAUUUGGAGAUCACCUGCACACGUCUCAGGGAGCAACCACAGGCUCUCCACUUGGAAACUCUCAUUUGAAUUUUAAAAAGUAGUAAUUCAGAUUAAGGUCUCCAUUCCAGUCAGUCCUGCAUGCACUGAGCUGGCUUCAUUACAACUUGUUGCCAGGUGUUAACGUUUUCUCUAUUAAAAAUGGUACACAUGCAGUCACAUACUUUUUAAAAGGCACACUUUGAGGAACAUUCUGUUUCUGCAAACAGAAACUGACUUGCGAAACAUUUCUUUAAAACUUACCAAAAAAGGAAGGUUUAUUGUAUUUUCUACAUGUGCAUGGGCUUGCAGCUUCUACCAUUAAAACAAAUGACUACAAACAGGGCAGCAAUGGUUUUAUCCUGAAUUAGUCAACCCUGUACCCUUGAUAAACUUUAGAUUUAAAAUACAAAAUGAACCCUUUUCAAUGAUAGCACAGAAUCUCCUUUUAGAACUCUCUCAAUAGUAAUAUUUAAGUCCACUCUGACCACCAUGAUCCUUCUGGGGCUAAAGAAAGGGUUGUUAUUGUUUCUACUCCAUUGAAGCUUUAAAAGGCAAUUAAAAGUCAAUAGCUGUUGGCAGAUCUGUCCGUUUUCUUUACUCCUGUGUUGAUCCAGCCUCUAAGGUCACUUCCUGCUUUAUGUACUCUUUGGGCAUGAAUGCCUUCUCUUCUGUGACAUCUCAUUUUUGUUUGGCAAUGAUUUUUACUCAACAGUUGAAUCAUAUACAUGGUCAUGAAAGGUAAGUGCACAGGAGCUGGACCUAGCAGAUUGCCUGAGAAAGCACUAGUCAGAAUGCUGUUUUUAUUGAGAGUUUUAAGUAGUUACUAUAGUGAAGUAUACCAACUCCUGUUUUACUACUGCUCCUUCAAAGCUAAUUUUAAUCCUGCUGAGCAUACGUACUCAGUAUAACUAUUAAGUAUACACAUCCCCAACUGAGCUGUUUAACUUUGUGGACUUAAGAUAAAAGAAGCAACUAUUUUUUCUUCCCCUAGUGAAACAGUUGUCUAUGUUUCUUUUAGAUUGCCUUGGAUUGUAUAUAAACCUGGAAAUCAUUUAACCAUAUGAUUUUGCUUGUCUCAGGUAAAAGAGAAAAGGCACAUCUUACCAUGCAAGUCGGCAGCUCCCCUCUCUGCAGGCUCCACACGCUCAUAGGCAUUGUAUCCCAUUGGCUUGUAUCCUCAGACUCAGCAGCCUUUAAAUGGAAAAUCUUUUUUCUCUUAAAACAUGGUUAAGAUAACAAAUUUUACCUACCAAAAAUUCAUAAUUAUAAAGCUCUGAAACCAAGGACUAUAAGCACUCUACUUGCUUCAUUGAUUAGAGAUACUUCAAACAACAAAAAAGUCUCCUCUUUUAAUUGCUUUUCAAUAUGGCUUUUUAAAUUGUAUAUUUUAUUGAUUAUUAAUUGUUCAUACUGCCUCUACAUUUAGCUGUGUUAAACUGUUUCUUCUUUGAAAAAAAAAAAACUCAAAGAACUAUAGCUAAUGAUUUGGAGCCUAGGACUAUCUUCAAUGAGUACAAAUGUCUAGAAUAAAUUCAAGAAAGUCAGUAACUGUGACAGGCCUCAAAAACACCCCCUGCCACACUUCCCGCCAUUGCCAUGGGCUCCGCAGCUGUGUGUCUGGCUACCACAGGUCUGGCCACGUGACCGCUCAGCCCUCUGACAGUGAACUUGCUAGACUUUGAAAUGUUUGCAGUGCCACUUGUCUAGCUGCCAAAUUCACCAUUCUGAAAGGUUUUAAAUAUACCAAGUAUGUUUUAUUUCUAACAUGAACCGAUUAUUUAAAGUAUGAACCCAGAAGGAGGGACACUGGAAAGGUGACAAGUUCUUCCCCCAGAUAUCUUGGAUGAAACAAGCCAAAGGAACUCUCAGACUUAGCCAAGAGCUUGGUAGAUGAUUAAAAACUCACUAGAUAAAUAUUUAAAAGAGCCCAUCAUUUAAGACUGCCAAUAAAAUUCUUCCUUAAUAUGCUCUCAAAUUCAGAUUCAAGAGGAAUAACAGCUUCCACUUAAAAAUCAUUUUGAGAUUAGUUACUUGAGCAGCCCUGUGUCAAGAACCAUAUCUUUAUAGCCAAGACUGAACUCUGCAGACAAGCAGACAUUUCCAUGUCACCCAGACUUCACGCUCUGGCCCAACAACAAUAAUAACCCCGUGUCCUCUUACAAUAAAGAGUAAUGGAGAAAGCCUGUUGGUGUUAAAUUGUUUACAUCUCUUUAUAAAAUGAUGUGUUUUCAGUGCCUUAGUUAUGGGUCCUUUUCUUUUUCUUGUUCCAAGAGUUCUGUAAGUAUGGUUCUUAGGUUAAGUUUCGCCUUCCUACUUACUGGGAGGAAAAUGGUCUGUGAAUACCACUUGCUGGUUGUAUCCCAGUGUGAGAGAACUCGAUGCUAAGGUAGCAGUUGCCUUAGAGUUGUUUAUACUGUUGAUGGGAAUGAUUUUGCUACACUAUGAGCUUCAGAUUAGAUCUGACCCUAAAGUUAUAUUUACCUUAAAUUCUUAUUUCACAACGGAGUCUUGUUUUUUAUAUUACAUUUUUAAAGAGAUUAUGAUGUGGAGAACACCAGGUUUUAAAUAGAACUCACAGAAUGGCCUUAGUUUUCAAUAUUCACUGGUAUGUUUUAAGUUGUGUUAUCUGUAAUAUACACCCAGAAUAAAAUUGAGUGAACUAAA